CCUGUAUAACUCAAUGUUAGGUAAUCUUUCUACAGUGACUCCUGUGCAUCAGUGGCUAGACAGAGAGUGGGCUGCUAUGUGUGCAUGUUUAUAUCGGAUAGUGUAUGGGAUUCAAAAGUAGGCUGACAAGUGGUAUUCCGGUAGGCGGGUAGAGCCAAGUAGCGUUAACUCUUCUACUCGGCGGCACUACUGUCUCAGACUGCGCGCAGGGUAGAGUGCUAGAGAGACGGACCAAUACUGUAAGGGCAGAGACGUAAAAGUGCUGCUAUAGGACUCGGUUACAUAACUAUCAACACGGCAACUGUGACUCCAGCUUCGGACAUAUUGUGCAUAUGUAGCGAUCGGCCACUAGUUGACGUUUCAAUUCCGAAGGCUCCAGCAGUUCCAUUCAUACCAGGGUGCCAACAAACUGUGUCAUUUUGUUUGUUUAACCUUCAUUGAACCGCAGAACUAUUAACAUAACAACGGAUACUACAGGGGAUAUGAUUUUCUUAUACAAAUAAUUUUGUACGCCGUUUUUGUUUUGGGUUGUAAUAUUUACCUUGCCGCUCAAGCAUCACACGUGCGAUUACGGCAUGUAAUACAUUUGGCAUCGUAGGAGCUAACAGGAAAUCAAGGCACGAUGUUGAAGUCUAUAUGUAUAGCCGUCCUCUUGUACGUUCCGUGCGUCCUCUCUCAGGGAAAGUUUACAUGCCCAGAGGGAAAUUUAGAACUAUUCAGCAAUGAUGUAAAAGAGUUCGACUUCUUAACAAAGUUUAAUUUCAACAAGCUUAAGCCAGAGAAAGGAUAUGGCCAGUAUGGAACGUCGAUAACGGUCAAAGACAAAGUGGUUACCGACGAAGUCAACUGGAACCUGUUUGAUCAAAAGUUACCAAAUAGCUUCGUAUUUGUUGCCAUAUAUCAGAUGGUACAGCGAAAAGCAAUCUGGAAUCUGUUUGACAUAAAGGACAGCUCAGGAAAGUCGCACCUGGCCCUGCAGUUCAAUGCCAAUAGAGGUCAUCAAACAGUGACGCUCAUCUAUAAGAAUGAAAACAGACAGGAGCAGCGUGUAGUGUUCGACGGGAAAGUUGGGCGAAUGGCGACCCAAAUUAAAGAGUGGCACAAGAUAUACGUGCGCCUGAUGCGGACGGAGCAGAAGAACAGUGAUGGUGUCCUAGAGUACAUUGACGUCGUCACCAUCGACGUGGACUGUCGCGUCACAGAGAAGAAGGCCCUCAACAAACGUCGAGAGGAGUACGUGGAUCCCAGCGGAUUAACAACAGUCUCAAGAGAUAUCACCGGUAAAACCUACCAGGCGAAGUUGUCGUGGAUGCAGUUCCAUUGUAACCCCCAUAUGGAGAAGGACUGUAGCGAAAUAGAAAGGGUAAAUCGAUUCAAGAACUUGAAAGAGCUGGAAAAGGAUCUGCCAGCACAAGAUACGGUGAGCAAGAGCAGAGGUGACCAGCCGGCAAGUACCUUAUGUGAGUCGGUCACAUGUCCCCCCGGUAGGGAUGGGGAGAAGGGAGAACAGGGCCCACCGGGUCUUCCAGGGUUAACUGGCCCAGCGGGACCGCGAGGACCGCCGGGAGAAGAUGGCGACAAGGGGGAGGAGGGCACACCGGGAAAACCAGGCAGAGAUGGCGCUACUGGGGAGCCGGGGGCUCCGGGACUUCCAGGUGCGCAAGGAGAACGGGGUUUCUCUGGCGAGGACGGCAUCCCAGGGCUGGCCGGCAAACCAGGAAAACAGGGUAACACGGGGGAGCCUGGGCAACAAGGCGAGCCAGGAGCGGCCGGCAAGAAGGGUGACCGAGGUGAUCCCGGUGUUUCCGGUGAACCGGGUCUGCCAGGAAUCCCCGGCGAGUCGAUUGUCGGACCGCCCGGUCAGAGGGGUCCACCAGGGGAACCAGGAUCGCCUGGAUAUGACGGUAACCCAGGGGCAAGUGGCGUAGAUGGCACACCCGGAACGAAGGGAGAUAAAGGCGAUCCGGGAGAGAGAGGCGAGCGCGGACCGGAAGGACCGGCUGGAAGGGACGGCUCGCCUGGCAUACAGGGGAUUCAAGGCCCACCCGGACCCCCCGGGCCUGUGAGUGUAGCAUCUAACGACAUUCAACAAGAAAUACAGCAAGUUCCUGGGCCGAUAGGACCAGCGGGGCCACAGGGACUGGAAGGACCCCGGGGAGUGGCAGGCGAGGCUGGAAGACAGGGCGAACCAGGGAGGCCAGGAGAACCGGGUUCUCCGGGGGAGACGGGCAAACAAGGCCAUGAUGGAGUGGACGGACAUCCGGGCAAGCCCGGGGAAAGGGGACCGGAAGGGGCCGUGGGACCGAGGGGAGAUCCGGGCAAGGACGGACUUCCAGGGAUGCCGGGAGAACCAGGUACGAGGGGCGAGCGGGGGCUUCCAGGACUGGACGGGCAGAAGGGCGAGCGCGGAGGCGUGGGGCCCGCCGGGCCUCCCGGACCCCCGGCCGAGAUGAGGUCGCUGCGAGACUUCGACGAUGAAGGGGUAUUGGAAGAAUACGUCGAACAGUUCCGAGGACCACCGGGAACGCCAGGACCGCGAGGGGAACAAGGGACACGAGGAGAAUCAGGCGCACCAGGGAUGCCUGGAGAUCCAGGAGCUGAAGGGAAGCCAGGAGAGCCGGGACCCCCGGGAAGAGACGGACUGCAGGGCGAGCAAGGAGACGCGGGAGCCCCGGGCGAGCCUGGACGUCCAGGGGAGACGGGCCAACGUGGAUCACCGGGCGCGCGGGGCGAGGACGGUAAACCAGGCAUGCCCGGACCCAUGGGUCCAAGGGGUAACGACGGCGAGAGGGGCGAGCCAGGAGUCAGAGGGCCGCCUGGUAUCGACGGAAGACCGGGACCUGUAGGUCAGGCUGGACCCCCCGGGCCGAUGGGAAUGAUGGGACAAUCGGGACCCCCGGGACCACCGGGACCCCCAGGCCCCGCAGGCCAGAAAGGAGAAGGCGUUGAGAUCGGCACGUACGACUUCCUGGCAUCUCAAGGUCAGGAGACGCGCGGCCCGCCAGGACUGCCGGUAAGUGCCCUUUGUAAGGAGGGACCGCCGGGCACACCGGGACCAUCAGGACCGACCGGAAAUGCUGGAAUGUCCGGCCCACGCGGAUCGCCUGGGGAACGGGGACCUCAGGGCAGCGCGGGAUCCCCAGGAACUCCCGGAAGUCCGGGUCUCAACGGACCUCCAGGACCAGCCGGUGAGAGGGGUCAGGCAGGGUCACCAGGGAUGCCGGGACUUCCGGGCCGCAGCGUGUCUGACGAGGAAGUUCGGCAGAUCUGCUUCCAGAUCCUACGUGAACAGCUGGAGGACCUAGUUGCCGAUCUGCGGGGGCCGCCCGGACCGGAGGGCGUCGGAAAACCCGGAAAGCCCGGGCCCCCGGGCCCACAGGGACUGCAAGGUGUGCGAGGCGCCCCAGGUGUUCCUGGUGAGCGCGGGUUCAUGGGAUUGCCAGGCACUGUUGGCCCCCAGGGGGCAGUAGGACCCGCGGGAGAGCCGGGUCAGAAGGGAGACAGGGGCUUGAGAGGGCGCGGAAAGGAUGGUGAAAUGGGACCGCGAGGAAUGCCAGGCCCAGCUGGACCCCCAGGGGUCGGUCAGGAAGGUCGCGCGGGCGAGCGGGGCCCGCCAGGACUCCCGGGAACGCACGGACCCCGCGGACCACCGGGCCAACAGGGAGAGCCCGGAUAUUGCGAGUACUGCAACUACGCGCCACAGGGCGGACCACAGCUCGUCAGACUUCCGGGAACUCCUGGCGGAAAUAGCAUCAAGGGGCCUUAAAUACAUAAACUACCUUAUGAUAUUGAAACACAGUAAAUCAAAAAGACUUGUGAUAUAUAUCCUGCAUUUUGCAUCAGCUUUUUUAUACUAGUGCUUUCCCUCUUUAGACCACGGAUCCUCUUAUCAGAGAUUUUGGUAAAGAUUGCGAGGUGCCAUGGUAGCCAUUGGAAACAAUAUGACGUAAUUGUAUGCACUUAAUAGUUUACUCAUUCCAAUCUUACAAUAUAUAUUUAUUUAAAAAAAAACAAAUCUAAUCGAAAAUGGCCACCAUGACCCAUUUUAUUUUUAGCUGUAUCAGUUGUCUUCUUGUGUUUGUUUUUUACAUGUCGUAGUGCCGUGGGAACAGUUUUAUUAUCGUGUAUUUUUCAAUGCGGGCGCGAUUGUUAUGUUUUGCAAGGCAUGAUUUCAUGGCCAGUAACUCUUCCUUUCUUUGCAACCAUAUAUGACUUGUUUGUCUCGAUUGUUUAACAUGUCUGUAGAGUUUAUUUAUAACAAUCCCAUUGUGUUGCCUCGACGUUCCAUGUUGUUUGCAUGAACAUAGUAGAUGGUUUUCAUUACUUCGCUUUGAUCACGUGAUUUACUUCGGGCAACUAGCAAGUGAAUGUAUUUUUUAGUUUACUCGUACAUUGAAUCGCGAUAGAAACUUUUGACAUAAUUAAACCUUGAUUUAAUAGAUGUUAACAAUCCUAACAAGUCCAUAUGUUUCACCGUGGAACGUCAUUCAAAUCGCGUAUUUUACAAUAUUUUUACAAUGUCUAUGUCUAUUUUGCUAUGGAUUUACAAUGUAGUGCCAUAACAGUAUACGUUUUUGUAGUGUUCCUAAUACUUGUAUAUUAUAUUUAUAUGUAUAGACUUCGCUCUAAACGAUAUCGUGUUUGUGUAUAAUUUCAUCUUUCAAAUAGCAAUGCUGCAAGCCUCGCCAGAGCAUCAGUAUUAUUGCAUCGCAUGAUUAUUUGCGCUUCAUUGAAUGCUUGAAAAAAUUAAAUGCUUGAUGAAUCUAAUCAUUGACACCCCGCUUACUAUUUGAUUGCACCAAACAUUGGCAGAUUAUCAUUAGGAAUGUUCAUGUCGAUUGCCUGCAUUCCGCACAUGCGUGUGUUUGUUUAUUGCAUAUCUUCCAAGCAUAGCUUUUAUCGACAUCACAAGUGUUUUAGAUGAGGUUGGCGCGUGUGCCGGUAAAUGGUUCAUUGAUCAAUGUGGCCCAUUGUUCUCAAGAAUCAUCCUGUCGGAAUCGCUUUUGAUAACAUGUAUUUCAAUAGCAGUCAUUCCCAUUUUAAAAUUUAAAAAAUAACAGAAUAUGGAGUUGUUCUCAGGUCUGAUAUUGUUCUUGGUUAUAAUGGUUUGUGCUAAACUUUAAAACUACUUCUGAUUGACUAAUAUAUCGUGUUUUUAAUUAAGUGAACAGUUGAGUCAUAAAAGACAAGGUCAUAUAAGACAUUGUCAGUAUGAGGCUUUUAGUCUAUAUAAGUCUGACCCUUGGGUUUAAAUUGAUCUGUAUGCGGCACACGUGUUCAUGGUUUAUGUACGUAAGGUCCGUAUGGGUUCUAUUUCAUUCAAGUGGACUUCACGUGGGGUCAUACACGUGCAGAUCACUCGAUGCGACCAGAGGUCCGGGAUAAUGACUUCCGAUUUGGCAAACAGAAACUUUAGUGGAUCCAUAUUUUAGCGAUGCUUACAUGUUUCACCGCUAAAUAAUUGCAAGGCUUGUCCCACUAAAAGACACAUGUAAGAUACAUUAGCUUUGUUAUUUCGGCUCCACGUUGAUUUGAUAUUAUACUAUUGUGUCUAAUACUGAUGUAAAACAUCAAACUGGGGUUAAGUUUUGUUAUACAAUGCAUUUUUAUCCAACGAUGCGUAAAUAUUCGAUCUGCAGUUUACAUUUUAUGUUUUGAUAUCAAUAAAAAGCAGAGGCUGAUAAUAGUGUACUACAAUGUCUAAUAACACGUAUACAUCAAUAAAUCAAUGCUGUUUACUUAUUGCCAAUAAACAAAAUAUUUUACAUACAUGUUCAUUACACUGUUCCUGGUUCACCUGAGCACAAUGCACUCAUUGUGAGCUUUUGUGACCGCGUUUGGUCCGUCGUUCGUCGUUUCAUUCUUGGGCAAAACAUUUAUUCCAAUAAUGUCACUGUCCAGAUAAAACUGUGUCAUCAAGUGUUCAUAAAGCUUGGUCAGAAGUCAGAUUUAUUAAACAAACAUGACAAAAGCAGAUAAAUGUGGGUCUCAGGUAAGCGCACGAGUGUGUUUAGCCCUCUUGUUAAUCUAAGAAUAACACGUUGUUGUAAAUGAGCAUUGUAUGUAACAGCAAACAUGUAUUGGUAUUUAAACUGUAAAUAGGACUCUAAAAAAAAAUAUUUGUACUAA